AGGCGCUCGUAAUUAAUAUUAUCGAAAUACAGAACAAGGAUAAUAUUAAAUAAACGGCUAGUCAUUCAAUACCAUAAUCCGAUAUUACGGGUAUCAAACACGUUUAUUAAAAUGAACAUAUAAAUGGUGAACAAAUAACAAUGAUGCUUAUUAACAACCUGAAAUUUGUUUUUUUAUUGCUUCUGCAAAUCGAAGCUUUGGAAUCUAUGGAGUUCAAUGACGAUCCAAUGUUUACCUUCACUUGCACAAACGAGACUCCUGACCAGUCUGUGUUCGCUACAACCACCUACUACGACUUUAUAUACAUCAACAUGGGAUGUGUCACACCAAAAAUCGUAUUUGCUGAAAUGAUUCAAUCAUUAAGGCUGAUGAUUCCUAAGAAACUUCAGAUUGAUUUUAACAAAGAUUCAGUGCUAGAGCCUUCACAAUUUGAAAACUUAAACGUGGAAAGCCUGUAUAUACAGGCCUACGGAGAUGGAAAAAGUGUAUUCAAUACGGCUAUACUGACUGUAAUGACGAAAUUGAGAGUUCUGCGUUUGAAAUUUGUUCAGUUGCCGGAAAUGCCUAAGACGUUAUUGAGAGAGGUGCAGUUAACGGGAGGCGUAUCUUUGGGUGAAUUUGGUGAUUGCUCGAGUUUGGAACGGCUUACGUUGGUGUGGUGGGAUGUAUCGAUGAUUCCAGAAAUGUGGUUAGAGAGAUGCAAAUCACUUCGGUCGUUGACCUUGAAGCAGAUGUCUAAAAUAGAAGAUUCAGCCCGAGUUUUAGAUGGAGCCUUUUCAGUAACCGAACUUACCCUGUACAAGUGCAAACUCAACCAGGUGUUGACAUCAAACCUACUGAAAGACCAGAAAGCGCUAAGGAAACUGACUAUACACCAUAAUGGGAUCAAAUAUAUUUCAUUCCAAGAAACCCUGCCGAAACUCCAAGACGUGGACCUAUCCAACAACGAGUUAGUCAGCUGUGAAGACGUGGCGAGUCUCAUGGCGUGGCAAAGCACAACCCUGGUGAACCUUACCGUAGCCAGCAAUAAGCUUCUCGACAUGUGCGAACAAGAUGAUACCCACCAGUAUAAGAUUAUGGACGGCAGCAAUAUCCCAACAAUGAAGCGUUUGUCAUUCGCUGACACAGCCACUUCGACGCUCUGUUUUGAUGAAAUGCUUAACGUUGAGUCUUUAGAAUACCUCGAUCUUGGCAAAAACCGCAUAACACAGCUACAGUUCCAGAGACUGCCAUUAUCAAGUGCUAAACACUUAAAAGAAAUUAAUUUCAUUGGCACUCCUAUUCAAGAAAUAGAUUUUGACAAAACGCACUAUGAUCUGUUGAGCGGUCGCGAGGAAUUAAAAUUGACUGGAGUGCAGUUGUCGUUGCCUUGUGAUUGCUCUUAUGCGUGGUUAGCGCGCGCGAUUCGAGACAAACGCCUAUCUUUAAAGGCGAACUGCCAACUGUUACCUCUUGAAGCAGUCCCCGUUGACAGUGUAGAGUGUGAUAAAUUUAAAUGCCAACGAUGUGUGUGCCGCAAAUCAUGGAAAGAUGACACAAUUGCCGCGGAGUGUGCUGGUGAACAAACAGAAAUAGUUCGGAUACCAGGAUUAAAACAAUUCAUCGCCCCUGGAAAUCGUAUUGAGAACAUCACUGCUUCUGAUAUCACAGAAACCUUAAUGGAAUUGAAUUUAAAGGAUAACCACAUAUCAAAACUAGAUGUUUCUGUUGUGACAGCCUUAUUCAAUGUGAGCGAGAGGCGCCUACACUUGGCCGGAAAUCCUUUCGUUUGCGAUUGUGAGAACUUACCAUUGAUUCAAGCUCUGCAGACGCAUCAGCAUCAAGUAAAAGAUUAUGAGAACUUAACGUGUGUCAGUGACGGGACUCCUAUCAAUGACGUAGACUUGGACCUACUCUGUGCAGAACCAAUUAAUCCGUUGUAUUGGAUCAUCACAGCGUUUUUUCUAGGAGUGAGUGCUAUAGUCGCCCUUGGUGCAGCAGUGUUCUUUCGGUACGAGCGACCAAUUAAGGUAUUCCUAUUCGCCCGAGGAUGCUGUCCCUGGUGGUUGCAUGAAGAAGAAAUUGACGCGGACCGUCCGUACGACGCCUUCGUAUCCUUCGCUCACGAAGACGACGACUUCGUCUGCACAGAACUUCUUCCUGAGCUCGAAGAGUACGGAUAUCGCCUCUGCAUCCACUAUCGCGACUGGGUAGCCGGCGAGUGGAUCCCAGCUCAGAUCUCCCGAUCCGUGCAACAGUCGCGACGAACCAUCAUAGUAAUAUCGAAGAGUUUCUUAGCCUCCACUUGGGGGAUGCUCGAAUUCCGAAUGGCACACAUCAGUACCCUGAAAGAAGGAAGACCACGGAUCAUUGCGCUGAUGCUCGAAGAUGUAACACUUGAUGAAGUGGACGACGAGCUGAAGGGGUACUUGAGUAGCAACACCUAUAUCAAGUGGGGGGAAAAGUGGUUCUGGGAUAAGUUGAAGUAUGCUCUUCCGCAUAUUGAUGGGAAAGUAGAGCCUACGGAUAACUUGGAGAUGGGAAGUCUAAAUGGAGAUCCAGACGGAUGACGAAAUCUUAAUGAAAUACUGGCAACUGUAAAUAUAAUGUGUAAGACUGCCCUAAUACAUUUAGUCGAUAUGUAUUAGAUGAUUUUUUGAUUUCCUCCUAGAGCGAAUUCAGCCAGAAAGUAAAUGUGCACAUUAUUUUUCUUAUUUUACUGAUUUACACGAUUAAUAAGUAGUUUUACAAAACAAUAGACUGCACUUUCAUUAUUAUUCUGACAAGGUUCACUCAGGGGAGAUUAUAAGGUGAAAAUAAACGGAAUAUAUUUAAUUAUAAAUUUAAAAUAAAAUCGUUCUCUUUGUAAUUUAAGUCUCAUGUCAGAGUGGUUCGAGUGCCAGCCAUAUCCAUUGUCUGUGAAUAAACGUUAAUUACAAAUUUAAUACCAAACGGAGACAAAGGAUUUCCCAUUUUAUAUUUUAAGUUAGAAUGUUCUAUUUUGCAGGUAAUUGUUGCUAGGGUAAUCCCUCUCGAUGUCGGUAGGGAAAUGGGUUAAUUAACGAGAUCUAUAUCG